UUAGAAGCAGAUUUAGAAUCUCAUUGGGAAGGGAAAUCGUACCCGGUGCUCUCCAUGUCCUCUCCGAGCAGCACUCAGGUCCCUCCGAGCGCCGUGGCGCACAAGAGGAAAACCAAGAUGAAGCACUUUGUGCAGCAGAAAGUGGAGGUUUUCCGUGCCAGCCAUCCCGUGUCGAGCGUGCUUGUGUGGGGAGUCAAUCACUCGACCAACGACCUGAGCCAGGUGCCUGUACCUGUCAUGCUGCUUCCUGAUGACUUUAGAGCCAGCACCAAGGUCAAAGUCAGCAACCACCUCUUCAACAAAGAGAAUCUACCCAGCCAGUUCAAAUUCAAAGAAUACUGCCCACAAGUCUUCAGGAACCUCCGCGAACGCUUUGGCAUCGAGGACCAAGAUUACCAGGUGUCUCUGGCUCGCAGUCGUCCGCUCAGAGAUGAGGAGGCGCAACGUGAUGGCCUGCUGCUCACCUCGUACGACCGCACGUUGGUGGUCAAAGAAAUAUCCAGCGAGGAGGUGGCAGAAAUGCACAACAUCAUGUCCGAGUAUCACCAGCAUGUGGUCACCUGUCACGGCAGUACGCUGCUCCCUCAGUUCCUGGCCAUGUACAGAGUGACCGUGGAGAGUGACGACACCUACCUGUUGGUCAUGAGGAACAUGUUCAGCCACAGACUGCAUGUACACAAGAAGUACGACCUCAAGGGCUCCCUGGUGUCUCGCGAAGCAAGUUUUAAAGAGAAGGUCAAGGAGCUGCCCACCUUUAAGGAUGUUGACUUUAUGAAUAACAUGCAAAAGAUAUAUGUGUCUGAUGAGCAGAAGGAGAGCAUCAUGGAAAAGCUGAACAGAGACAUUGAGUUCCUGGCACGUAUGAGGAUCAUGGACUACAGCCUCCUGCUGGGCAUCCAUGAUGUGGAGCGAGCCGAGAGGGAGGAGGAGGAAACGGAGAUGGAGUCCUCAGACGCUGAAGAAGAUCCAGAUGAAAGCAGCCAGGCUGUCGCUUCACCCGGCUCCACCUCCCCCGAAGGCAUCGCCGGAUACAUGAACUCCUUCAAAGCCAUGGGUCCUGGCGAGUUUGACCCGUAUGUGGACGUCUACGCCAUACAGAGCGCCGUAGGUGCUCCACACAGGGAGGUGUACUUCAUGGGUCUGAUUGACGUGCUGACGCAGUACGACACCAAGAAAAAAGCCGCUCAUGCUGCCAAGGCUGUCAAACACGGGGCAGGAGCUGAAAUAUCCACAGUUCAUCCAGAGCAGUACGCUAAACGCUUCAAGGAGUUCAUCACUAAGAUCUUUGCCUGAGAGAGCACUUGAUGGAAUAACAUCCCUAUAGUCACAUUUACGCUCCUAUUACUUAAUACAGGAGACAUUCAUUCAUUCAUUCAUUUUCUACUGCUUAUCCUCACGAGGGUUGCGGGGGUGCUGGAGCCUAUCCCAGCUGUCUUCGGGCAAGAGGCGGGGUACACCCUGGACUGGUGGCCAGCCAAUCACAGGGCACAUAUAGACAAACAACCAUUCACACUCACAUUCAUACCUAUGGACAAUUUGGAGUCACCAAUUAACCUAGCAUGUUUUUGGAAUGUGGGAGGAAACCGGAGUACCCGGAGAAAACCCACGCAUGCACGGGGAGUACAACAUUAAUAUUACAUUAAAAUUAUGACUUUGCUAUAUUCUGUUAAUAUUUUGACAUAAUUCUUGGGAAAUUCCUAAAGAGUUUGUCAAGUUUUGCUGUUUUGUUUAGUUUCCUUGUUAAAUUCUAUUUUUAGAAUGUGCCGCGGGCCGCAAAUGGACCCUGGGCCAAACUUUGGACACCCCUGCUGUAAGGUAUACUUAAGUAAUAUCAUCCCUUGACAAGAUCUAACCUACUGCAAUAAAAUGUGUCAAGUCCACUAAACAGCA